AUGGUCGAGGCCUUCCAACUCGAUCCAAGAGAGCUCAUUCUUUUGGCCUUCAAUUUGCAUCAUUGCAACUUCAAAGGAAGAGGAAAAGAUUCGCGUGCAUUUAGACGGCCACUGUCUGCAUCGAUCAUGAGCACUCGCGGAUCGAGGACGACAGAACGCAAGUUGCGACCGCGAAGGGCCAAGCAAAACGCUCCUGCUGUGAUUCUUGAAGAAGAGAGCGAGGAGGAGGAAUCAGAAGUGGCCAGCGAGGGCGAAAAUGCGCCAGAAACCAAUGCGGCUACUCAAAGCGGCCUGCCGGUGGACGGCCUAUCGAGGCUGGAGAAGAACGAGCUACCCGCUGAUGUCCGAAAAGAUGUGCCCGCGUACCUAUCUGUGCGCAAUGCCAUCCUCCUGAAGUGGCAAACCAACCUGACCAAAUUCCUGCCGCGAGCGGAAGCCUGUCAGGGAUUCAAAGCACGUUAUGCGGCCAUAUCGGUGCAAGCUUACGACUUUCUCAACCGCUAUGGGUUCAUCAACUACGGCUUUGUAGAGCACCCACGCUCUAAUUGGGACCUCCCACGGCAGCGGGUCAUCGUCAUCGGUGCCGGCGCUUCUGGUCUGUCCGCUGCGCGGCAACUACAGAACAUGGGGUACCGAGUGCUCGUUCUCGAAGCCAGAGACCGGAUUGGAGGACGCGUCAGCACCAGCACUGUACUUGGCGGAGAAAUCGACCUAGGCGCGAUGGUGGUGACCGGAACCGAGGGAAAUCCGUUUUACACCCUCUGCCAGCAGCUGGGCACCGAGCUGCAUACUCUCCGCGACGAGUGCCCGCUCUUCCACAACUGUUCGCUUGUUCCGAAGGAUGUCGACAGCGCCGUCGAGGAACUGUUCAACCUCGUGCUCGACAAGGCCGGCAAUAUCGAUCCUCGUCACCUGAAACCAGACGACGGCAAGACGAAACCGAUCUAUGGCGUGCCUGCUGCUCGAUUCUCGGGGUAUGCCAGUCCCUUUAUGCCGCCUGUGCCCUUCCCCGCUCGACCGGGCGGACCGCCGCCACCGACGACGAAUGCCACGGUGGGAGCAGCCUUGGGACCUGCGCCUUCACCCUCAACAACUGCCGCUACCGGUGCCAGGUCGAUCGCCCAAGCGUCGACGCCCAUAGGGCCGCACACAGUGGUCAGCAAUGUGCGGUUCAGCUACGCACCGCCGCAGCGAUCGCCAGGAUUGACAGCUCAACCCAUCACUGCCGGCAAAACUGCCCCAUCCUCGGGGGCAACUGCAGCUGCCGCCACGGCGACUACGGAAGCCAGUGCGCAAACGCUCUCGGCCCAAGCGAAGAAGGAGAAGGUCGACCCGCCUGUCCAGACACCCAAGUCCGUCGCCAACGCCGCAGCCGCCGCCGCCGCCGCUGCCACCCUUAUCGGCACCUCGCUCAGCCCAGUGAAGACGCGACCUCCAUCAACGACAACUUCGCCAACACUGGCGCCAGCAGCGACAGCCUCACCCACUACGACAGCGCCGACAUCCAACGAUCCUCUCUUUACCCUCUCGAAUAAUGGAGAGGCCCGCCUGAAUUGGACCGCGAUUCUGGGAGGAACUCGCCCUCUCGCCAGUGCUCCGCCUGGAUCGACCCCGUCUCUGCCAACUUCUCUGUCUUCUACGUCAGCGCAGCCCCAACCGCAGCAGCAACCACCACCACCACCACCACAGAAGCAACCGCAGCUUCAGCAGCAACCUUCGUCUGCUUCCCAACCGCAACCGCAGCAGCAACCGCAGCGGCGGCAGCAACCUUCGUCUGCUUCCCAACCGCAACGUAAGGUGCAGUUUCAUCCCUUCCAGCCACCCACUCCGCAGGGGCCUCCGCGACCGAAUGCGUCACUCUCGCAGCAGUACGUGCUCCAGGCGCAACUAGCUGCACAAGCACUCUCUGGAAGGGCGCUACCGCACUCGUACUUCCAGUACCCGACGCAGCUGUUGGGGCAGCAGAUUCCUUUCCCGGGCCUUCUACCGCAGCAGGGCGCAAUGCUCCCCGGAGUCAUCGCGACCUCGACGAGUGUGACGCAGCCGAACGGAACCGCGAUGACGUUUGAUGGUUCGGCGGCCAAGCCCCUCGAAGUCCCUGAGAAGACCACAGCCGACUCGCAUCUGUCGCUCGGGCGGGGUAUAGAUCACAUCCUGCAAACGACUGGCGCUGAUGGCUUCAGUGCCAUUUCACCUCUGGAGAAGAGCAUCUUCGACUGGCACAUUGCCAACCUCGAGUACGGAUGUGCCACGGAUCUGGCGCGGGUGUCUCUGGAGCACUGGGACCAAGACGACGAAUUCGAGUUCGGAGGCAAGCAUUGCCUGUUAAAGAAAGGCUACAGCGAGGUGCUAAGAGAGCUGGCCAAGGGCAUCAACGUGCAACUGGGCCAAGUGGUAACAGAGAUUCAAUACGGUGAGGACGAGGAGGAUCUAAGGAUGGGUGGGAAGAGCAAACCGGCCAAGGUGUUCACCGCAGGCCAGACCUAUGAAGCCGAGAUAGUCUUGGUCACGAUUCCACUCGGCCUUCUCAAGGAAAAGCGGCUGCGGUUCGAUCCUCCCCUGCCGUCAUGGAAGCAACAGGCGGUCGAGCGGUUGGGCUUUGGCAACCUCAACAAGGUGGGCCUGCUAUUCCCGUACGUCUUCUGGGACGAUACGGUGGACUACUUCGGCUGUGUUCCCGAGAAAAGCGAAGACAGGGGUGAGUCGUUCCUCUUCAACAAUUUGCACCGGUGCAUGGGACAGCCAAUUCUGUUGGCGUUAGUCGCCGGCAGCGCCGCCAUCGUGCACGAACACCGACCCGACGCUGAAAUCGUCCAGCGUACCAUGGCUAUCCUUAAACGGGCCUAUCCGAGAGCUCCGUCGCCAUUGAAGGCAGUCGUCACCCGGUGGGGCACCGACAAAUACGCACGCGGCUCCUACUCGUACAUAGCGGUGGGCUCGACGGGCAGCGACUACGAUCUGCUGGCGCGACCUGUAUCACGUCGACUUUUCUUUGCCGGGGAAGCAACACAGCGAGAUCAUCCUGCGACUGUGGCGGGUGCGUUCAUCAGCGGGCUGCGUCAGGCUGGCAUCAUCGAUGCCGUGUGGGCCUCAGGGCGAGCGCUGAAUGGACCUGAGGAUACGCCGAUGAGGACCAUCCCCAACAAGCGAAAGUCGAACAAUAGCAAGAUGGUCAAGCGCGGUAAUCAACACGAAGACGCAGCACCGGACUCCAAAAAAGACUCGAAAAAGCGAAGUCGGACCUCGUCUGUCGAUACGAAGGAGGAAAAGCGAAGUCGAAGCUCGCUUAUCGAUACGAAGGAGGAAAGGCGACGGGCCAAGAUCACGGGCCACACGACGAAGAGCGUCAAGGAAGAGCGCAAGAAGAGCAAGAGCAAGAAGGACAAAACCGAUAUGAGGGAAACGAAGAAGGAAAUGAAGAAGCAAACGAAGAAGGAACCUGUGGAGCCACCGACAGCGAACAAGCGCCGCAAACACAAUGUGGUGGUGGUGAUUAGCGAUGACGAUGCUGACGAAAUGAUCGUUGUCGAUGGCGACGAUGUAUUUCAGCCGCUGCCGUGCGACAUCGACGUGCAACCAGCACCGCAACGACACGACAAAGAGCGGGACGCCUACCGUCUACUUAACGAUGAGGAAGCGGUGGUGAUAGCGGAAGAGGAGGAAGAGGAAGGCUAUGGAAGUGGGGAAGGCCCACGAUCGACAAGGCGGGAGCGACAGGACGAUACCCUCAGAGAAGACGACCCCUUGCUCGAUGCGGAGCUUUCCCAGCGAAUGACGCGGGCCAUGACCGAGAGCCACAGCCUCAACUUUGCCGACAUCUGCUCAAUCGACGCCAAGUUUAAGGAGAUCAUGGAAACCGUGAGGGGGUAUGUGUAUGACGAAUCCAAGACGGACAUCGAGGACCUCAAGUCCGUGGCUUCCAAACUGCUGGCCCUGCUGGAUACUCUCGGCUCGAUAAGAAAUCUCUCCCGGAAGGAGGCCGCAUUCUUGUAUCGACUGAGCAGCGUAAAGGCGGGCAUCGAAGAGCUCGGCCUGCCCUUUGGUGAAGUCGUCGAGCGCGCAUUCCAGAUUGCCAGGACCAUUUGGAAGGCCUUCUUGGCGCGGUUCCCCGAGGAGGAGUACGCCGUGUGGCUCGAGGAGGAAAUGGAGAAAGAGAAGCGGCAGCGGGAGCGGGAGAGGGCGGCGAGGAGAGUCAUCUAUGAUGACUUUUGCCUUGCCAUUCGACCCGGCUCGACCUCCAAACAGGAAGACGAUGAAGAACGAGUCCAGUGCAUCACCAGCAACGGUAACGGAAUUGUCAGCAACAACAACGCGAAGGACGACAAUGACGAUCCCUCAGCGGUGGCGGCCAUCAAGGGAGCCGGCGUCAAACCGGAGCCGGAGAUUGGUACGCGCCCAACAAGCGCGUAG